GUGCAAAAUUUCAUUAAAUUUAACGAAGAAUAGAAAACAUACAUUUCAAUCACAUUUGCUAUGCAAUUCGAUGGUAGUAUUCAAUUGUGUGUUGCAGUGUAUUGAGUUAAAUACAUCGAUGUAUACGCAAUCUCGUAGACCAACGUAGGGUCAUACAGUGACACAUAUCAUACCCGUCGACGUUGAGUUUGAGACGACACCUAUACAUGCGCAAGUCCAAGUUCACACACACACAACGAACGCACACACCUACAUAGGAGACGUCGAGUUGAAUUUAGCCGCGCAAAGUAUUGAAAGAGGGGAACUCAAAACAACAGCGUAAUGAACAUUGCGACAGUGUUCAAACAAUCGACAACAACAUCGGCACGAAUGUCGACCAACAUUCAUAGUACCGAAUUGUCAACUUUGAGCAGCAUCAAUUUUGAUAAAUUUAAACGAAAAAAAAUCUACGGUCAAUCACAUCAGCAAUCGUGUGGUAAACAAAUCAAAACGAGCGUGCUUAUGGAAUCAAAUUCGGUGCUAAAUGUUGUCCAAGAACUUGGCAAUGAUCGUCGCCGUCAUCGUCAUACAUUUGGAAUGGGUGAACAGCAGCUGUUUAAAAUGUUAUCAUCAACACCCGACGAACCGCUCUUUAUCAAUGACACUGCAAAUAGUAAGGCCGCGCUGAAUGGUUGUGUCAACAAUUCGGGUGACAAUUUACUGAUACAGUACGAGACGGCGACGUCAUCGAUUGCUACUGUGGAUGAAUACGAAAAUGAAAAUUUGCCGCCAGCCGAUAAUAACUGUGCGACUGUGGCCCACAUUGAAGAUGUGGAAACGAUGAGUUCAACACCACAAAAAGGUUUUAGUACAGCCGCAUGGAACAAACUUCAACGUGAUUUAAACAGCCCAUCGGCAUCAUGCCGUGUGCGUGCAAUUCGUGCAAUGAAUAGCCCGGCUAAUGCCAACUACUAUAAUAACUUUGAUGUGACCAACGGUGAGACCACUGUAUCAGAAGAAGAAUGUUCAAUUGAACCGCCAAAAACAAUUGAAGAGGUGAUGAAAGACGUUAUCGUUUACGUUGAAUUUCGAUCGGGUGCUGAAAAUCGAACGAACGGUGUAAAAACCACAAUCGCAAAUUUGGGAGCUAAAGUCAAUGAUCGUCUUCUACGCAAUACCACGCACGUUGUGUUCAAAGAUGGCUUACAAUCAACAUACAAUAAGGCCAAAAGCUGGAAUAUUCCAAUUGUAUCAAUUUUAUGGAUUGAAGCUUGCAAAAAGCAUUUGGUAAUCAUGGAUCCAAAGGCAUAUCCCAUAUCAAACAUUGAGAAAUAUGAAAAUCCAGAUCUUUAUGAAAAGACAAAGCGCCAAAAAUGUAUUCAACCCGACACAUUGAUGAAAAAUCUACAUCGACCGAUUCCCAAAUCGAAAAUUUUGGAAGGUCUUAAAAAGCACAAUGAAAGUGAUUCAUCGAUUUCGACAUCAAGUGUCAUCGAUAAAACACCAUCACCAAAUCUCAUGGAUACAUAUUUGAAUCGAAAAUCAUUGGCGCCAACAACAUUACCGAAAGUUACACAGUCAAGAAAAUCGAUUUUCAAAAAAGUGGAUGAAAAACCAAAAAAUACAAUUCGUUCGAUGUUCAUGAAACAAUUGGAAAAAAGCCGAACCGACAAUGUGGCCGCCACACCAAAUACGCGUCGCUGUACAACGUACACACCACAACCGAUGGAAGAAGCAAAAGUACAAAUUAAUCCGAUCACUCCCGUCUCAGCAGCUCUAACACGAUUGCGUCGUCGCACCACGUACACACCCCAAGCGAUGGAAGAAACAAAAGUACAAAACAAUUUUUCAACAGUCACACCAGUCACAACAACAUCAAGACGAAAAACGAUGAAUGUACACGCCAAUGUGACCGUUCACAAGUCAACCACAAAUCACACAUCGAAGGCAGCCAUUGAUGCAAUAUCUCAGGAUGCUAUUCAAACGCCAAACCAUAAACUUACAGAUACAGGAAUUACAUGUUCAACAACGCCAUUGAUUAAUACAUUGUCAAAAACACAUAUCGAUCAGAAUCGCAGCAGUACGCCGAAAACAUUGCUCGAACAAUAUAACAGUACAUUUAGCUCCAAGAAAACGCCAAUGACCAAUAAACGAAGAACCAUCGCAAACAUUACCUUGGAUAUUAUAAAGCAACGCAUCGAAAAUUUAAAUCGUAAUGUGUCAUUGAAUCAAUCGACGACUGAUUUACUUGAUGAUUCAAUUCAUGGCGAUGCAAAGUCAACACCAACGCCGGUAGAAAAUACCGAAAAAAUGACAACAACGCCAGCCACGGGUGCAACAAACCAAAAUGCUGUACAACUGAAACCAUUGAAACGAAAACUAUUCGCACCACCAUCACUGUUCCCCGAGAAUAGUCCACUUUUGAAUACAACAACACAGAAGACUGAUAAAAAGACUGCAACACAAAAACGAAAGCGAAACGAUUUGGUCGCAACAGCCGUAGCAGCAAGUGAAGAAAAAAAGGCGCCCAUCAUCAAAUCACGUCCCAUCAUCAAAAAACCCACUUCACGACGCAGUACAAUGUUUUUUGAAGAAGCACCGGUACGUAAGGUUAAUCACGACACAAAACCAUUGAUUUCGUCUUUGACUUUAUCAGCAACCAAUGGAACAACGGUGCCGAAUGCCAAAAAAGAUAACAGUUCACUUCAGGGUUUGGUAUUCACAAGCAUGCAUCAGUCUCAAAUUGAUUUUAUAUCAGAGAAGCAACGUUUGUAGUUUAGUUAAUCAAUUUGGCAGUCGACGCAACUAUUUGUUCCUUCAUAUUGGCUUUUAUUUUAUUUUAUUUUUUUUAUUAAAAAGAAACUGUAAUAUUCAAUGAAAUAAGUGAUAAUGACUAUUGAAUGGUCAGUGCAAGCAUUAGAAAAGAAUUUUUUGUCUAUAAGCAAAACUAUUCACUACAUUGUUUUUAUAUCGCCAGAUAAAUUCGUUAUCAUAAGUUCAUCACCUAAAUUUAAUGAGAGAUAAAUCAAAUGCGGUACGCAGAACCUUUUCAUAGAGAAAUUUUCAUCAAAAUAUACAUAGAUACGUUACUGUAACACAUUCGACUUAAUCGGCCAAAUUUUUGUGGUAUAUUCGAAUGUCGGAAGUUUUUCCGAAAAUACUUUAUUCCAAACGAUUCUUUUCCAGGAAAAAUCCUAAAUUUUCGGGGAAAUAUUCGUUCGGGAUUUUCGUAUUUUUUCUUUUCGACAUUUGAUAAAUUCCGUUAUUGGUAAAUUAAUUUAACUGGCGAUAUAAGUUGGUUCACAGAUAAUAUCAAUGCUUUUAAAACUAGGGAAUUUUUUUCGUACAUGUUUUUUAGUAAAUUUUUUAAGUGAUAUUAACGAUGAUUGUCAAUUUAAAUUCGAAUGAAAACUACAUUUUAAAAAAAUUUAACUCAAUUCAAUCGUAGCUAAUUAUCAAGCACUCAUUUCAUUUGAACUAUCAUCAUUUUUCAUGUAAACGAAUUUGUGUCCAACUUUUCGAACAAUGUAAACUAUGAAAA